CGCAACCCGGAAACGGAAACCGAUUCCCCUUUCCUGGCGGUGUAUUCGAGGGCUCGCUUUGUUGCUAGCAGCGCCUCUGAGGAAGUGCGGCAGGACUGGCCAUGCCGUCCGAGGGUCGCUGCUGGGAGACCCUGCAGGCGCUGCGCAGCUCCAGCAAAGGUCGUCUCUGUUACCACCGCGACUGGCUGCUGCGGGGCGAGGAUGUUCUAGAAGAAUGCCUGUCUCCUCCCAAGCUGUCUUCUUACUCUGGAUGGGUGGUGGAUCAUGUCCUACCCCACACGCAGGGGAACCCAGCUCCCUCCGAGACGAUGCCAUCAUCGGGAUCGACUUCUACCUUAGACCAGCCCCUGGUUGUUCCCAGGUCUCCUGUCCAGAGCGAUGCCUUCUCUCCAGCGUCCCCCACAGCCCCUGAUGGAGCCAAGGGCAAACAGGAGUCCCAGCACGGAGAAUCCACGGCGCUGCAGUCCUCGCGCAGAAUCAGUGUGGAAGGCUGCAUCCGAAUGUAUGAACUGGUGCACAGAAAGCAGGGGAGCGAGGGCUUGCAGCAGUGGCAGGAGGAGCAGGAACAAAAGGUUCGAGCCUUGUCAGAGAUGGCGUCGGAACAGCUGAAGCGCUUCGAUGAGCUGAAGAUGCUGAAGCAGCACAAGGAGUUCCAAGAGCUGCAGGAGGUGGUGGAAAGGAGCACCAGAGAAGCCCUGGGCCAUCAGGAGAAGCUCAGGGCAGAGCAUCGCCACCGAGCCAAGAUUCUCAACCUGAAGCUGCGAGAGGCAGAGCAGCAGCGCCUGCGGAAGGAGGAGCAGGAGCGACUGCGCAAGGAGGAGGGCCAGGGCCGCCUGCGAAGCCUCUACACCCUGCAGGAGGAGGUGCUGCAGCUCAACCAGCAGCUUGAAGCCUCCGCCUCGAGCGCCUCCGACCCCCAUGGGGACCCGCUGCAGGUGGACCUGGCGGCCUUCCGUGCUCGCGGCAACCAACUGUGCAGCCUCAUCUCCGGCCUCAUCCGUGCUGCCUCGGAGAGUGGCUACCCCACAGCAGAGAACCAGGCUGAGGCUGAACGGGCCCUGCAGGAGAUGAGAGACCUGCACACCAACCUGGGCCAGGAGAUCACCAGGGCCUUCAAGGACAAGAAGCAGGAGGAGGAGCAGGCCCGGGGCAAGCUCCAGGAGUCACGGGUGCAGCAGGCGCUGGGGGCCGCACCCCAGGCUCCAGGCCCCAGCCAGAGCCCGGGCAGGACACAGAGUGAAGGCCUCCAGGUGAAGGUACAGGACAGUACGAUGCAGUGGUACCAGCAGCUGCAGGAUGCCGCCGCCCAGUGCGUGUCAGCUUUCGAGGGCCUGAGCAGCAGCAAGGACACACAGACCAAGAAGACAAAGAUGGACCUACAGAAGGCUGCCACCAUCCCCGUGAGCCAGAUCUCCAGUGUUGCAGGCUCGAAGCUGAAGGAGGUCUUUGACAAGAUCCACAGCUUGCUGUCAGGAAAGCCGGUCCAGUCCAUUGGGCACUUCGUGUCCAUCACACAGAGCCCACAGGGGCUGGACUUCGUGCAGUACAAGCUGGCCGAGAAAUUUGUGAAACAAGGCGAGGAGGAGGUGGCCUCCCACCACGAAGCGGCUUUUCCCAUCGCGGUCGUGGCCUCUGGGAUCUGGGAGUUGCACCCCAGAGUUGGGGACCUCAUCCUUGCCCACCUACACAAGAAGUGUCCUUACUCUGUUCCUUUCUACCCAGCGUUCAGGGAGGGCAUGGCUCUGGAAGACUACCAGCGAAUGCUUGGCUACCAAGUGAAGGACUCCAAGGUGGAACAGCAGGACAACUUUCUGAAGCGCAUGUCUGGGAUGAUCCGUCUCUAUGCUGCCAUCAUCCAGCUCCGGUGGCCAUAUGGGAACCAGCAAGCCACUCACCCUCAUGGCCUGAGUCACGGCUGGCGCUGGUUGGCACAGGUCGUGAACAUGGAGCCUCUGUCCGAUGUGACAGCCACCAUCCUUUUUGACUUCUUGGAGGUGUGUGGCCAUGCCCUCGUGAAGCAGUAUCAGGUCCAGUUCUGGAAGAUGGUACUUCUCAUCAAAGAGGAAUACUUGCUCAGAAUUGAAGCCAUCACGAGCUCAGGACAGAUGGGUUCCUUCAUACGCCUCAAGCAGUUCCUGGAGAAAUGUUUGCAACACAAGGAGAUUCCUGUUCCCAAGGGCUUUCUGACUUCUUCCUUCUGGCGCUCCUGAUGUCCUUUUGUCACCUGCCAUCACCAUUGUGUUGCGGAGAAGUAAUAAUAAAGCGACCGAAGGCAGCUGUAUUUGGAAGAAGUCAGGCUUAGAAAUUUGUUGGUGUGUGCUGUAUACAUUCAUACCAUGUGGCUAGGUGAGACUUUAACAGGAGCAGUCCCUUAGCAGAUUGGGGAGCUCCUUACAGCAUCUGCAUGACAGAGUGAAUGAAAUUGCCUUUCUUAUUUUACAAAAAUCAUGAGUGGAGGCCUUCACCACUGUGUCUCUUCCUUUGCCUCCAUUGCCUCUGGAUCUGUAGGGAGCUGUGAUGUCCUAACCGUUUCACUCUGCACUGGACUGAGCUACCUCUUUACCCGGCCCCCCACGCCACCCCGUUCCCAUGGAGUCUCCAUUAAAGGCUGACCUGUGAGGCUGGGUGAUGGUGGUUGGCCUUUCUCAGGUGAGGGAGGGGUUCUAGAUGCAGAGCAAAUGUGUGCGGUGGGCAGGGGCUCAGUCCCAGAGUGCACCAGGGGGAGCUGGGUAUCCGGGUUGAGGACCGGAAGCAGGUCACAUCGGGCCACACAGGAUUUUCCGUCCCCUUAAUUUGGAAUCUGCUUCCUGCUGUGCUGGGGAUGCAUGCACCAGAGUAGGUGCAUAGCUUUUUUGGUUCUGGUUUGUAUUAAGAUGUACUCUAGGCCAGCGUAGUGGUGCACACCUGUGAUCCCAACACUCAGAAGCCUGAAGAGGACUGAGCAAGUGUGAAGCUGGGCUGGGCUACAGAGUGAGUUUAAGUCCAGCUUAGACUCCACAGUGAGACCCUGUCUCAAAAACAAAAACUGGAAGGGGCUGAGGAUUUAGUUCAGUGGUUCUGGCGUCUGCCUCGCAAGUGCAAGGUCCCAAGUUCGAUCCCUGGUACCAAAAAGCAAAAGAAACAAAAAAAAACUGGAAAAGAUGGACUGAGAUGGGGCUGUAAGCAUGCCCAAGCUGAGCGAACAUCCCUGUCAGAGCAGGGGUCAGGGUUGAGUGAAGGUGUUUGGGAGGAGCUCGGAGCUGCUGUGUAACCCUCUGUUGUGUUUUGAGUAAUGAAUGAUGACUGGUUUGCCUGCCUGAAGCCACUGCAGAAGUCCCGAGCGUGGCUGUUGACAUGGAGGUUUAGGUUUAUCAUGUGAAAAACUCACUCUGACACUGCAGAGCCAGUGGACGCUACACGCCUCGUGGCGCAGUGUCGCAAAUACUCUGGAGUGGCUCAAUGUGACCUCUUCUGUGAACUGUUGACUAUGGUGCCAAAAUAAGUAAUAAAGCUUGAUUUUUAAAAGAAUAGUAAA